UAAAAAAAUAUGAUAUCAUUAAUAUAAAAUUCGUUUUGAUUAUAUAAUAAAAAAAUAUAAAUUCAUUCAGAUAACAACACAAUAUAUAAGAAUUAUCUUUUUUUUAAAUGAUAUUAUUAACAUACAAUUUAUUUUUAAUUCUAAUUAUAAAAAAUAUAUGAAUUCAUUAAGAAUAUCAUUGAUUUUUAACCACUCUAAUUUUUGACGCGAGAGUUUGAAUGCAGAAAAUUAUUAAAUAGAUUCUGCAACUUUAUAUGCUUACAUAUAUUUUGACAUUUGUCCAAAAAAACAUAUAUAUUUUGACCAAAAACAAACACUAGACGACUGGUUGUUUCGAUUGUAAUUAUGUAAGAUCUUGUCAGUAAGCAGUUGAAAGACAAAAAAAAGGAAUAUGAAUGGGGACGGGUCACAUGUAAACUGCAAUGAUGGUUACCACGAGGCUACAUAACCUAAGGCCGAAUAAAGCACACAUUAUUAGAUACUGAACCUUUUUUUUGAUAAAAAUAGUAUACUCUCCAACUUAACGUAGACUUGAGGUCUAGAAUUCGCAGACGAAAGCAACAUAUUUAAUAUAUCGAAAAUAUCACAAUACCCUUAACUAACCUCUAUAGACUAUAGGCUUCUCAUAUAAUGGGCAAUGAUUGAACAAAAUGCCAAUAUCUAAGUUUCCAGCUUAAUUAUAGUAAUGGAGAAUUUGUGCAAGUAGUGCGGAAUCGCUAAGUAGUGCGGAAUCGCUAAGGCAUUAAACGUCAAAGAAAAUCUACCAACUAUGAAACUACAAAGUGUAAUGAAAUAUGUUGAAUAUUUGUGCCAUAAGGCGAUCAUAUCAAGAAAAGUUAUUUUUAUCAUCAAUAGAACUCAAAUAUAUUCUCUAUUAUUAGGCAUUUUCUUGAUCACUUUGAAUUAGAUCUAAUCUUAAACUUGUUUAGUAUAAUACUUUGAGAUGGAAAUAGAAUAUUUUCCAAAAGGUUAACCUCUCUCCUACUCACACAUAGGCCUUAAUGAUGCUCAUAAUCAUUGCCUCUUUCAAUGAUUAAAAUCUCUUUGAUUCCAAGCUUUACACAUCAUCCAUGAUCACUCAGUCACUUCUCCUAUUUAUAAAUCCAUGCUCAAGAACUUGCAUACUCAGAAACCCAAAGCUGAAUAGUAAAUCAAAUCAGAAAGACAAAGAAAAAGGAAGAAAAUAUGGUAAGAAGAAACGCAGUUCAUGCCACUUCAAGUCUUCCGUCCAGGCUUUGGUGGCCGCAGCAACGAAGGAAAGGAAAAAGGGCCGUCGUGAGAUUAGGAAACCGGCGACGAGGGUUCUUGGUGGGACAACCGCGGACGGUGGUGCAGAGAUGGAGGAUCAACAUCGGAAAGCCGAUGAAAAUGAUGAGAAAUAUCAUUUUGGGAAUGAUCUCGAAUGGUGGAAAUGUUAAGUUCUUAGAUUCUUAUCUUUGGUCUUUACCUAUUUUACGUCCUCAGUUGUUUCCACUAUGCUGAUCAUUUGUUAUACUAAAUUCUAACUAUGAAACUGUAAUAUUUUUCUUGU